AUGCAAAAAAGAGGUUCAGGCUGAAUUGGCAAUGUAAUAUACACUAUAUUGCCAAAAGUAUUGGAACACCCCUCCAAAUCAUUGGAUUCAGGUGUUCCAAUCACCUCCAUGGCCACAGGCAUAGAAGAUCAAGCACCUAGGCAUGCAGACUGCUUCUACAAACAUAUGUGAAAGAAUGGGUCGCUUUCAGGAGCUCAGUGAAUUUAAGCGUGGUACCAAGAUAGGUUGCCACCUGUGCAAUAAGUCCAUCCUUGAAAUUUACUUGCUACUAAAUAUUCCACAGUCAACUGUUAGUGGUAUUAUAACAAAGUGGAAGCAACUGGUAACAACAGAAAUUCAGCCACGAAGUGGUAGGCCACGUAAAAUGACAGAGCGGGGUCAGCACGUGCAAAGCGCACAUUGUGCAGAAGUCACCAACUGUCUGCAGAGUCAAUAGCUAAAGACCUCCAAACUUUGUGUGGCCUUCAGAAUAGCACAUCAGUGCAUAGAGAGCUUCAUGGAAUGGGUUUCCAUGGCCAAGCAGCUGCAUCCAAG